AUGGGGGUUGUUCAUAUCGCUGCAUUAGCUGCUCUACCCAACCUAUUCACCCGUUUCUGUGCUCUUCAAGCCAAAUUUCUUCGUCGUGCUGAAACACUACCUUCAGACUCCCUGAUCAAAGCUCUUACCACGCAGCUGGACCUUUCCAAAGAAAAAACGACAUGGGGUGAGCUUCGUCGUAGUGUACUCUGGAAAAAGGCCCAAUUGCUGAAAGAACAUCAACCUUGGUUGAAGGACCCAUUAAAAGAAGCUUAUGUUCUACUAGGCUUGUGCAAACCUGUCUGGGAUCCAGUCUUACUACUUCCCUGCACUCGUUCAGAACGACGCCGCCUGAUCAAAUGGCGAAUUGCUUGGCUACCACCUACACCAUCAGUUGAGUGCCAAUGUGGCGCUAUCAAGGGUAACCGAAACCACAUGCUGAUAUGCCCCGCCACAAUCACUCUCGUUCAAAAACUCUGGUCUUUGAUGGAUCCUGCUCCUCCCUCAGAGGUUCAUCUCAUCGACUAUGCUCUCAACUGUCUCCCCAGGUCUUUCAAAUCGCCUGAUACGUGGUGCGAUUGGUGGCCGUGCUUGCUUGCCUUGCUACGUGCUGUUGAUCAAACCACCUCAUCCUACAAACUACCAGAAGAAAAAGCUCAUGGUCAAAUCCUCAUCGACCUUGCAGCAAAAUUCCGUGACACAAAACCAAACCGUCUCCACCGCAUCCCGCCGCCCACCCAAGAACCUCUUCCUGGUGAUCCGUUCCCUCAUCUUCUAUCCGAAAUUUCCACCGUUCCUCAUCAACCCCCUCCAUCUGUGCCCUCCCGAAAUUGUGCCUAG